UUGGCAAAGACGUAGUGUGCUGGGUAGGGAAAAAGAAGAGAGGUGUGAAGAUGCGGUGGACACCUUGUUUUCAAUGGGAGAGUGGACCCCUCUCUGUUUCUCAAUAGGAGCUGCCCGCUGCCAUAUCUGAAAAUCUGACUCUUUUGUUAUCUAAUGGGAAGAGCAGCCCCUUUUUAGUGAAGAGCAGGCUCUGAAGUCAACUCUCUUGCAGUACUUUGAUCUAAAAAUACCGGUCUGUGUUGAGAAGAAUGGACGAGGGAAUUAACUCCUGUAAUACGGCCUGUAGGAAAUUACCUACAAGAUAAGAGGUGACUUGAUCUUUUUGAGAAAAAGACAGAAAAAUGAGACAAGAAGAGACUUCCUUAUCUUGAGGAUGUUUGCUCUGAAGCAUCAUCUGGUGACUGCUUGAGUCUGCCUUGCAGGACCAGUCCACCACAACCGGCUCCUAUGGCCAGCAUCACUCACUUCCUUUCGUUUGGAGGUAUUGGAUUUACCAAAGCAUCCCUUGUCCCUCUCAGUGUUCUGGGGCUUCUGUUGCCUCCUGGUUGCCUCCAGUAGCCUGCAGCCCCGUGAUGCUGCUCCUGCUCACAUGGCAGAGCAGGAUGUGAUCAGCCCUUCAAUUAGGCAGAGAUCUGAAAGGAAGAGGAAAUCAAGAUGAUGAACCAGUGAGGAGCACGUGUGAGUCAGUAUUAGAUAUCUGAUGGCAUCAUGAGCAACGAGUGAGUCCUACUACCACUUUUGGAGGGUCCCAGCCUGUUUGCCUGCAAUAACUAAACACAUCUUCUAGGGGGAAACUGUGCUGCACUAAUGAGGGGUGUUCACACCAACCAGGCUCUGUGUCUCCUUCAGGGUGCUCUGGUGCUCAUCCAUGAGGAAUUUUUCACUAUGCAGAGUACUGUUCUUCAUUAAAAUGGCCUUGUUAAAUAGCUGUGAGGUUCCUCCACGCCUCCUUUGUGAAACUGAUCUACUCCACAGCUGGCAGCUCUUUAGAGAAGGAAACAGGAGGUUACUGAACCCAUUCAUUUCUCACAUGCACCCACGUUUCGGAUGGCUGUGGAGAUCCAGCUUUAAAGUCCUCUGCGAGCCCUUGGAAUGAAGCGCACUUUGUGAAGACGUUGUAAUUACGAUGGGAUUUAGGGGUGUGUGGAAAUGAGUCAUGGAGACGUUUCCCAGCCAGCAGGCUCUUGGAGCCAGGUGAGCUCUUCCCUGGAAUGUGAAGCAUGCGGCACGGCAACUGGGAGGAACAGGUUUGGCAGGACGCUUGAAGCUGUUCCCAGCAGACAGCCUCUUGAGAGCCACAUCCCUGCUUUACCACCUCCCAGCCGGAUGCUCCUCUCUGCCACACUGGCCCUGGCGAGCUGGAGAGGAUGGACACGCUGCGAAGGAGCCUUUCCCGCUGGAAGAGGUACCACAUUAAGGUGCACCUGGCCGAUGAGGACCUGAUGAUGCCCCUGACGGUCAAGCCCAGGGACACGGUGAUGGACCUACGGGCUCACUUGGUCCGGGAGGGCGUCACUUCCUGGAAGAAGACAUUUUAUUACAACUCCAGGCAGCUCGAGGAGCACGAGACUCUCAAAGAAGCCAAUAUCCAGAACGGCUCCGUCCUGCUUCUUGUCAGCAACAACAGGUAAUGCCAAAGAGCACAGCCGAAGCCAUGAGAGAUGGGAGCAUGACAAGGGCUGAAGGAAAGCAGAUGGAAGAGAGCUUGGCCACGGAAAGGCAGCCCCACCACCGGUAAGUCCCUCCCCGCACGCCGGCUCCAGGAGUGUUCAGAAGCAGCUCCCAGUGUUUUCAGCAGUGAAUAAUGCCCAUGAAUAACGAACCCAAACAGAACAACAAAUAACGUUUCCUCAUGCGCUCCCAGCUGCCAAAGAAGCGCGGGCAAGACUGACUCAGCUCCCGAGGGCAGUGAAUCAGAGAGAGAUGCCCGUCAAAGGGCGACUUCUGCCUGGGUGAUGAAGCGAGAGGGAGCAGAGGUGGACUUUGCUUAGGGCCCGAGAUGGGGACUUGGGACAUGUGAGCCUCCUUCCGACCCUCCCAACGGCGAUUCCUCAGAGGAGCUGGCUUGGUUGCUGUCCCUCAACUGAUGGAUCUUAUCAUAGGGGAAAAAGAAGGAGAAAGGAAAAAGGCAAACCACGUGGAAACAGCCACAGGUACAGCAUAAAGAGAGGUGUGGACAAGACCAAAGACCAAAGUUAAAAGGUGCUUGAGCUCCUGUCUGCGUGCCAGCCUCAGUGUAUUCUGAGAUGGAGACAUCUGCAACUUCACAUGCUGUACUGUGGAUGGGAUUUCUUCUUCAUCUUUGGGAUCCUGCUGUUGAUGGGGCAUCCCGGGCAGGAUUACCAACAGCACUGCACUCCACCUCCACCUUGGAGCUGCAGCCAGGCUCCCCCAGCCAGCUCCUUCUCUCCAGCAUCACAAGACAAGCCCAGGCAGGCCAUCUCCAGCAGCUGCUGUGCUUCAGCAAGGCAGCUCAGGCUGGGGCAUGUUCCAGUGGCUCUUCUCCAGUCCCCAGUCACGGAUGCAUGGAGUGCUUCAGUUUGCAGGGCCAUCAGCCUGGCAGCUCUCCUCAGCACUGAAUUUACUCUGUUAAGUUACAUCAGUGUCCUGCCCAGCGGGCAUGGGGGAACCGGUGUAGUCUGUGAAGUCUGCCUUGAAUUCGCCUGCUUCAUUGCAUUUCCUGCCCUGCCUUCUGCUCAAUGAGCCUGCACUGGCUGUCUAGGGAAUACAGAGGGAUUUUCAUAUCCAGGCGAAUCCAGUGGUGAGCUCUCAGGGCUCGAGCAGGCUGUGGCACAUCUCCCUUGCGGCUGCUUCACUAUGGGAUUCCCUCCCGCAGCAGCACUUGCACACACUCCCCAGUCCAUGGCAGCUGCACCACAUUUCCUUGCAC